UAUCACGAAGACACGGGCACGAGGAGGACGUCGCGUUGCCCCGCGUGAAGUAACGUCCGAAUCUUCUCUGAUCCUCCGAUCGCGGUACAGCACGCCUCCUUCGUCCGUCGUAAUAACGCUUUGCGCACACACAACACGUUCUUCGAGCCGAGGCCUCUGCAGGUCCCUUCCCCCCUUUUCAUCGUUGAAAAGACUGCAACCUGCGAUGCGCCGAAAAACUGCGAAGGUGACGUAGAUCUCAGCCGAUCAUGAGGCCCAAAGCGUUUUGAAAAAUGCUGAAUAGUGCUAGCGAGGACCAUUGGCCAGAGGUCUUCCGACACCCAUGCCAGCCAGCUAUACGACCGUAGCGGGCAUCUGCCUCUGUGGAUUCUGUACUUACCAUUCUGCGAUAUUCCAUCUUUUAAAUAACGAAGUAAAAAACAAAUGAGCAGAGAAUGAAGAGUGAACUCGUGCAACGGUGGAGAUAUUUAUUAAUAGCUCAUGCGGGAUUAGCAGCUUUGGCUUUCGACUAUCUCGACUACCAAAGCUGCUGACGUUUUUCCACAACUUUAGAUUUAGAUGCCCUGGGAUUAUGCCCUCCCUUCCAUACUCAAGGCACGAACCCCUCGUUGGUGCAAAGUCGAGUAAAUCAGUCCCAAAUAUGAUAGGCGGGACAACAAAUGUCGCCAACGAAUCCUGCCCCACAUCCACGUCUUCGUCCUCACCAUCGGUCUCCAUUUCUAGUUCAACUCCAGGCUCUACCUCUACAGUUUCCGCCGUUGCCUCUGACAAAUCGGAUCAUCUGCAUAAGAAUCAGCGAAACAGGUCUCACACCAAAAUAAAGCUCCUAGUCAGAAGUCACGCGAUGAGAGAGUCGACUUCACCCCCUAGAGAACCCAAUGGUCUGCACCCUGCGCAGGACGCAGAGAAAAUCACAGCCAGGAACUCAUCAACCAGUCCUGGCAGGCCGAAACCACUUAAUAACAAUAAUGAACCGAUGCUUGACAGCAAUAUACCAACCUUGACAAGCGAUGUUGAGAAAAAAAUGAGGGAUUCCCUCCCUGUCUCUCAGACCUGUCCAAACUCUAUACGAAAUGGGCAACUUGGCUCCCCAGAAGCACUUCCGCCAAAGAACGCCACGCCUGUUGUUGACGAGAUCAAAACAGACGCCAAGAGUCCGACUGAAGUGGGGAACUACAGUAAUUGUGGGUCAAACAUUUCCCCAGGGCUUUCGCAGACAUCUUCGCUGCCCCAUUCGCAGCAGACCUCAAAACCGAACCACGGACUGCAACAUUCGCCCAGAAGCACAAAUCUGGCUCAGCAAAUGCACAGCAAUGAGAGGAACAGGAGUGAACAGACAAAGUCCAACUCUACCUCAUCAUUGUCAUUCACCUGCAAUGUUCCAUGUUCUAAUCAGUGUGGAAACAGCAGCAGCAGCAACAACAACAAUAACAACAACAACAAUACCCUCUCCGUCAGCAGACCAGGGUCUAGGCACAAAAUGCGACAUCGCAACGCUUCACAAGGCAGCUUCGAUGCAACUUCACCCAGUAUUUCACGAGACAGCAGCACAGAGCUAUACACCGACAGCACAGGCAUAGACUUGGAGCAGUUUAUAGGCGACACAUUAAAUCGGAAUCAAAAGGACCGCACGGUUCUGCUCCGGAUCGAACGUGAGCUUGUUGAUUUUGCUCGAGACAGACAAAGAGUGUGUCAUAAAUUCCCCAACAUGUCAUCGUACAACCGGAUGCUUGUGCAUCGCGUUGCCGCGUACUUUGGCAUGGAGCACAACGUCGACCAAACUGGCCUCUGCGUUGUUGUGACGAGAACAAAGAACACCAGGAUCCCGGACACGAGGUUCAAGGAGAGUAUCAGGGACGAUAUAGUCCUCAACGAGGAACCCAAACGCAGCAUAUUGAAGAGAGACUCGAACUCAUUUGAGGAGAGUUUUAACUUCAAGUCCCCGGAUCGUUUCAUAGCAGACUAUUGCAGGCGCAGUAAAAGCUUUGAAGAACGAGAGGAAGAGUACGAAAGAGCGAGACGCAGGAUAUUCAAAGACAGCAGUGGCGAAAGCACUGAGGCAGCAUCUUGGCCAUGGUCGUCUGCCGAGAGUUCAGACGCGCCGCCUAAACCCAGGAUGUCUCACACGUUGAUCUCUGAUCACCGCAACAGGCAGUCAAUGCUCCUGAAGGUGGAAUCCUUUCACGAAAAUGGAUCCCAACGCCGACCCUCGGUCCCAAAGUCUUACAGCUUCGGUGGAUAUGCUGCAGGUGGCAUGCUGUCUCGGGAUAACAGCAUCACUUCUACACGAAGUGCUGGAGCUCGACUUACUAAACAAGAUUCAGGAACGAGUACUUGCUCGCGUUUAAGUCCGUCCAGUAGUGGUUACAAAUCCCAGAGUCAGCGAAGCGACGCAACGAUAUCUCCCUCGCCAUCGCCUUCACCAGUGAUGCCUGCGGGACGGAGCAAUUCGCGAAUAUCUGGUCAAGAGUUGGUACCCUCGAGUCCUAACGGAAACACGCAGCAGACCGUCAUCUGGGCAGUUACCGACAUAGCGAGUGUGCCGGUGGGCAGCGUGAUAAUAGAUCCUCGAACCAACCUGACGUAUAAGAACUCGGACGGCUCUGUGUAUCGUUUCGAUCCUGAAAAUCCGCCGAAGAUUUCCCCAGAUUGUGAUCGAAGUGAGAAAAGAGUAUCUGGGGAAACGGAGGAGGAGGAGGAGGAGCCGGAAGAGGAGGAGGAACGGCCGGUAAUCGAAAAAAAUUGUUUCCCUCCUGAAAAAAUCCCGGAGCAACACAAAAAGCGUGCGAGACAUGAAAAGAACAGCAAUCAGCAAGCCGCGAUGUUCACCAACUCCGCGACCUCACCGAGUCCCCCAUUCGAUACAACGACCACGCAGGUUUCUCAGCAACUUCCGGUCUCUCGGGCGCAGCAACAACAGCAAAAACAUGGAGGGCAGCAACACACUCUAGUCAAAAAUUAUGCCCCACACGUUUACAAUCAUGGGCAACAAGUCCCCCCUCAAACUCCAUGUGCGAGCUACAUGUCGCCUGGUUCGCAGGCGAACAAUCAGGGCGUUUAUCUGAUGCAUGCUAGACCUUCGUCAGCUAUCACGAUAUCCUCUUACCAGCCUUCGGCACAAAUUCGCGUUGAUGGAACCCCGCAGGGAACCGAACGCGGAGAUAUGAUCUGCUGCAAUCAAAAUCCCAUGAUUGCGAGUUAUCAAAUUCCAGGAAUGCAGCCUGGAAUUCCUCCGCAGCCUUACGAGGAGGUUGCUGAACUCUCGGGCUUCAUUGGCAUGAAUUUAUACGACCAAAGGGGAGCUGGAGACAGCCAGCCUAUUACCGUCGCUGCACAACCUUACCAGCAUUCACCACAAACUCAAAAUCAUCCCACGCAUCGUACGCAGCCUGGCUCCCCUGCCUGCUGGCAAUCACAUACUAGUCAAAUUCCAUUACGUGGUAAUAACUUGAUACAGGUACAACCGGCGAUGUAUUUUGUACCUCCGUCACCAGCGGGCAUUUCCAACGGUCCAACUCCCAUCGACGCAAGGCAGCACCUCCAGAGAUUCGCAGCUGCUUAUUCCUACAAUCACUCUAGUGGUGUGCCUGCGCCGACAAAUCAGACUGCUCCCAAUUACGUCGGCGGAUAUCCAGCACCGACGAUACCGGCCGUGUCUGUAAUUCCUGGAAUGCAAUCACCUCAGGCAGAGUUUUCCUAUCAACCUACGACGCAUGUUAUACCAACCUAUUAUAAUCCAGGACAGGCCAGCAUGCAACCCACCCCUAUGAUGUACGGGGUUCCAACACCGCCGAACACGCCUACGACCAGUCAGAUGUCUAGUGUCACCCCUCUGAUGUACGUCAACUCGAACGGCUAUCCACCCUCAGCGUUGAUAGCGGGUAGUGCAUUUGGGCAUCAAGUUGGAGGGAGCGCUGGACAGUCCGCAUCUUCCUAUAUGGGUGCAGCCCUCGUUCCCAACGUUAUGUUGCGGCAGGCAAUUCCUGCGGUGAGCGGAAUAAGGGCCUCGACGCCGUCUAGUCUUCGAAGAACAAGCAGAUCACCCGAUGCUGGUCAGGAAAUAUUCGGGGCUGGUGGAAGGGACAGGAAUCCACAACCUCAAUAUCAGCUGCCGCUGUGCCAGGGCGUACACAUCGUUCAAGGUGUCCAUGGAAAUCCCAGGCUCCAGUAUGCGCCUGCACCAUCUCCGCUCUCUUCUGUAGCCCAAGGAUGUCCCCGACCAUAUCGCCCGCCGUCCUACACCGCAAGCACUUCGAACGAAGGAGCGAAAAAUUCAGUUGACAAUAGAAACCAAAAGCUGCGAAAGCACAGGUAGUAAAGCUCUGCGACGUGAUGUGUAAAUAUAGGUAAGCUUAUUAAUCGGUGUGUCGCAAUGAAUUUGGUUUCAUUAAAGUUUUUUUUUUUUCUCUCCAUUUUUUAAAAACUGUUCUGGUACACGUUAGUUUUCGAUAAAACAAAACUCGGUAUAAAACAACGAUAAUUGAUUACAAACUAUGAACAAUUUUAAGUCCCUGACGUUUUCAGUCCCAUGAACUUGACUGCAUUUUCAUUGAACGAAAAUGAGUAAAAGUGAGUAGCAGGCAUCCGUAUAAUGCUGGAUUCGAUCGUAGUGAAAAAAAUUCAGUUAUACGUCAUACGAAAUAACGAGAACUUAUCUGAUAAAUAGGGAGCAGAUAAAAAAUAGCAACAUAGUACGAACAGAGAAAGGAAGAAAGGAAGAAAACCGUUCAAGGAUAUAGCGUUAUUUUACAAAGUAAAGAAUUAUAUAUACAUACAUAUAGGAAGAAGGUAUACAAAAAACUUUUACCGUAACAAGUAACGAAAACCUAGCAUAAAAUAUAUUCUAGGUUGA